UGUUUUCUUCAUAGUUUUUUUUUAUUUAUUGAUAUAUUGUUAUAUUCCUACACUCUACACUGCGAAAACAGAAUAAUUUAAAUUUUAAGUAUUAAAUCCUUCUCAUGCAGCAUGAAUCUACCCGUAUUCCUUGUGCCAAUCUUUUUGUCAACAAUUUUUAGUCUAGGCACAGCUUUUGAGUUAAAACUCGUCUGUGAUGGACCAAUAAUUUUGGGAGCCACUCUAAAUUGCACCACUAAGAUCUUAAAUGACGAUGGAAGAAAUUUGGCUAGUGGUAAUUUCAGAUAUUUUUGGUGGGAUGAUGCUAUACCAACAAACAGCAAAACGACUGAAACUGCCGGCAGCAUUGACACUUGGCAAGUAACAUACAACAGCUCAAUACAUAAACCAGGACAAUAUACCAUUAGAGUAGACGUUUGCAAAUGGAUUCUUAACCUGAUUUGUACAUAUGAAACAUCUGCUGGAACUUUUAUUACUUUAACAGAAAAUCUUAAUGGGCAAAUGAUUCUCUCCCAAAACGACUCUUACCGUGAUACUUAUGUCUCCACCAGACAAACUUUGAAAAAUAGCAUUAAACUUAAACAGUCAGACCAGGCAUAUAUUUCUACAGCCCAAUCGGUUAUUUCUUACUGGUUUGUUGACUGCGUUUACUACGGAGUUAUCACAAAUAUGAGUUUCAACUACAAUUUUACUAAACCCGAGGAAAAUCAUUUAAUUGAAGCGUUAGUUGUUGGGGAUUUUACUCCUUUGCCUCCACCUACUACAGUUGCUCCCAGUACUACUACACCUAAAGUCAGCACAACUAGCACCACACCAAAGCCUACUACAUCCCCGACCUCGACAACAAAAAAACCAUCGUCAAAGCAAAAACGAGCCGUAAAAAAUGAAUCCGCCUCAAACGAAACACAAUCUAACAUCAAAAUAUGGCAGAAUGGUACUUUGGUGCCUUAUAAUGGCACUUUUCCUUACGUUUGUAACAGUACCAUUAUCACCACUGAUAAUAAAAAAGUGUAUGGAUAUUUUAGGAGGGUUAUUACAACCAAAGAACCGGUAUCGAAUAUUACCGUUUCUGGCAACAAUUGGCUGAAACACGGCGACCUCUUGAGCCUGAAUAUUAACUGCAAGGGCUCCCAAAAAAUGCAAUUUUGCGUUUUUAUUAAAGAUGGCUUAUACAAUGUUACAGGCAAUGAAACUUGUGAAAGAUACAUUGAUCUGGACAAGUGCGACUUUCCGAUUAAAAGAUAUUUUAAUACUAGGAAAACGAUCGUAAUUAUUAUUAAAAAUGAUGUUAGUAUAAAGGUUACUUCUGUGGCAGUCACAGUAUAUAAAGUAAAACAACAGGCACAGUUGUCAGUUAUUGUGGUCCCAGUAGCUUUCAGUUUGGUAGCUGUAGUGACUAUCGUCUUUGGAGUUGCUUAUUAUCUACAAAACAGAAGCAGGUUUAUAGUCGAAGUGGCAGACUUCGACUUCGGCCAACAAUACGCCGAUAUGGAAUACAAAACGUUCAAAGACAGACUGAAAGACUCGAUAAUUAACGCGUUUACUAGAGAUCCGAUGCCGUCCGGUUCGGACGCUCCGCUGUGGCCCCCGGGACACAAAUAUGGCAGCAUGACAUAGUGGGGCCUUUUAAUUACUCAUCUGUGAACGAACGGUAGUGAGAUUCUCUAUGCUUUAGCGUUAUAGUUUUUAAGCAUCAUUAUUUAUCUUAUAGCCAGUUUUUUUUUUAAAUUAUUGGCAUAGUCGGAGGAAUUUACAUUAUUUCCUGGCAACGAGAAAAGAUAUAGUCAAUAGUGAAUUCCUAUUUUUAAAUAAGUAGAUGUAAGGACGGUUCCAAAAUUUAAUAUAGUGUAAGUUUAGGUUGGUUUAGCUGGUAGCUCUUAAAUUGUGGCUGCCAAAUUGUAGCUAGAUGUUUUAGUAUAUAUAUUACUUUAUUUUUGCAUUAUAUUUAUGGUUAUUUUAUUACUCUUAUUGGUAAAUUUGUUGAUUGUAUAUAUAUGUAUUUGUUUUGUUACUAUAAAAAUAAACAUUUUAUUAUAAU